GACAACUUUUAACAAAGGUAAAACAUCCGGAACCGAUUCAUACAAAACUGUAACGAAAAGAAAGUAAUGUGUGAGACAACAAAGUACCGCACCUGUCCGAUAAAGCCGACCGAGCGGGCAGCUAAUGCUAGUUAGCAUGUGUGACUGUUCACAUGUAAAAAGUGAAAUCGGAAUUAAAUCAGGAUUAAAGAAAAAAACAUACACACCUCUCGGGACAAUCGGGAUUCCCCCGGUGAUUUAAACACGCGUGGAAGCGGAAUAAUAUAAAAUCGAAAUUCAUCCAAAUCCGGAUUUCACACUGAAGAACUCUGUUCGACUGAACCAGGGACUGCAGCUAUGGCUAAAGAUCCGCUAACGGAGGCUGGCGUGUACUUUGAUGAACUCAACAAGCUUCGGGUCCUGGAGCCAAACGUAAGCCACCAGUCCACAGAAAUCAGAGAGGAGUGCAAAGACUUUGUGGAACAAACCAAUAAGUUCCAGAAGAUGGUUGGAGGUCUGAUUGAAGAGGUCGAUGAACUUGCGAAAGAGGUGGAAACAGAGAAGAUGAAGGCCAUUGGUGCCAGGAACCUGUUGAAGUCGAUGGCGCAGCAAAAAGACGCCCAGAUGCAGCACCUGCAGGCUCUGAUCACUGAGAAGAAAAUGCAGCUGGAACGGUAUCGAGUCGAGUACGAGUCCUUGUGUAAAGUCGAGGCGGAGCAACACGACUUCAUCAACCACUUCAUUCAGCAGAAGUGACGACGUCCAGCAGGAAAAAUCUCAGAGCUCCAAAUGUGCCUUUUGCAAAAUACAGUAGUGUUCAGAAUAA